UGGUGUCAAAUGAUUGGUCCUUUCUUCCCCUCUGAUUCACCAACAACAAUCUCUGACACAAAAACCUCGAAUCCCAAAACCUCGAAUCCCAAAUCCCCGACAAAAAUUCCUAUGGAUCCUCGAAAAUUGUCAGCCCUGCUCUCUUCCCUCGUCUCUCAGCUCCUCCUGAUAAUCAUCACCCUCUUCGAUUCCAACAAAAACGACGACAACAAUCGUCAUUUCAUCUCCCAUGGCAACAACGCCUUUGCCAUCGUCCACCAUUUGCUCUCCUCGCAACAAAUCGCCGCCUCGCUUUCAUUCGUAUCGGUUUCUCGAAAACGGAAGAGGACCCAUUGCUCGGAAUCCGAUUCCGAGUCCGCCGCCGAUGAAAUCGCCGACCGACGACUCGACCGAGUCGGGCUCGGGUUGACUCGGGACCCCGACUCGUUCAAACCGUUCUUCAGGAUGAAAUCAUCCACCUUCGAGUGGCUUGCCGGGCUGCUGGAGCCGCUGUUGGAGUGCCGGGACCCGGUUGGUUCCCCGUUGAAUCUCUCCGCCGAAUUACGUUUGGGGAUUGGUUUGUUCCGGUUAGCCACUGGUUCGAGUUACACCGAGAUCGCUCGACGAUUUGGGGUAUCCGAGUCCGUGACUCGUUUCUGCGCCAAGCAUCUCUGCCGCGUCCUUUGCACUAAUUUCCGAUUUUGGGUUGCGUUUCCGAGUCCCAAGGAGCUUAACUCAGUAUCAUUAGAAUUCCAACAACUCACUGGGUUACCGAAUUGUUGCGGUGUGAUUGAUUGUACUAGAUUCAAUAUCGUGAAUGAAAUCAAUGGCAGCAUUGAUAGCAUUGCUGCUCAAAUAGUGGUGGAUUCAUCAUCAAGAAUUUUGAGCAUAAUUGCAGGUUUCAAGGGUGAUAAAAGUGAUUCCAAGAUCCUCAAAUGUUCAACUUUUUGUGAAGAUAUUGAAGAAGGAAAGUUAUUAAAUUCAACCCCACUGAUCGUCAAUGGAGUGGCUGUAAAUCAGUAUUUUGUAGGUGAUUGUGAUUACCCUUUGCUUCCAUGGUUAAUGGUGCCUUUCGUCGACGAUGUCGUUCCGGGUUCGUUCCGAGGGGAGUUCAACGCUGCCCACCGAGCGAUGCGUGCUUCAGCAUGGAAGACAGUGGCUAGUUUGAAGAACUGGGGGAUUUUGGACCGACCAAUGUGCGAGGAGUCCAAGGCUUCUGUCGCGGUCAUCGGGGCUUGUUCGAUCUUGCAUAAUGUUCUGCUCAUGAGGGAAGAUGAUUCAUCCUUGUGUGAAGGCAUGGGAGAUUACUCGGUGCUGCAUGAUCAAAGCUCCCAGCAGCAGCAGCACCAUGAGGAAGCCAGCAUAGAGGCUUGUGGCAUUCGAGAUGCAUUGGCGAAACAAGCUCGUGUUUCGAGUUAGGCACGAUCGUAGCUCAAUUAGAUCGAUUGAUUCAGUU